AUGAUGGAGGCAACACUGGUUCUGGUGGUGGCGGUGCUCCUCCUGUCCCCAGCUCUUGUUGCCUCAGAUUUCUGCGUGUGCCGGUCGGACCAGCCCACGGCGGUGCUGCAGAAGGCGAUCGACUACGCGUGCGGACAGGGCGCGGACUGCACGGCCAUCGCGCAGAGCGGGGCGUGCUACAGCCCCGACGAGGUCGCCUCGCACUGCUCCUGGGCCGCCAACAGCUACUUCCAGAAGUUCAGGUCCUCCGGCGCCACCUGCGACUUCACCGGCGCCGCCACCCUCUCCACCACCGACCCCAGUUUCUCCGGGUGCACGUUCCCUUCCAGUGCCAGUGCCGCCGGCACCACCACGGGCACCGGGACAGCCACGACGGGCACCGGGACAACCACGGGCACCGGGACGACGACUACGGGCACCGGGACAACUACGGGGGGCACCUUCAGCCCCGGGAUGGGCACCGGCUUCAACAGCACCGGGUUCAGCCCGACGACCGGGAGCAUGGACGGCACCGCCGCGGCGGCCGGCUUGCUUCCGUCGAUCAGACUGGCGGCCUCCAUCGCCAUCCUCCUCCUCUGCUACUUGGCGCUCCCCUGA